GGGGAAAAGACUAUUCAGGCCAAGCUCUCAAAAUAUGUCAAACCUGUGUCGAUGAACCUGAGCUCGUCAAUGCCACAAAGCGAGAGGGAAAUCAUGAGGAGAAAUGUCAAAAUAACCAUCCCCGAUACAUCGUUGAAGUACCUAGAGUGUAAA